GCCAACACCGAAAAGGCCAUCUUCCUAGCUCCUGAGCCUAUCACCAUCCCCACCGCCCAUCCCACCCUCUCCGACCUCCGCCUCGACACUCUCACUCCAGCCAACUGGAGCCUCAGAACGCAGCUCAACGCCCAGUUCCCUAGCGACACUCACCCCUCGGGGACAGCAACAUGGCUCAUCCUCGACAACCUCCACCCCAACCAACGCUAUGAGGUGCGCGUCUGCUGGGCAGCAACACAACCAACCGAGUUCAAACUCGACACCUUCCCCCUCGAAACAGUCUGGGAUUCUCCCGAGCUGAUGGCCUCGUUGCACGAGUACUCCACAUACCGCCAUGCGGUUACCAAAGACGACGAGGUGCAACAACAGCCAUUGCGGGACAGCAGCACCGGAAUCCCGGUAGCAAAGGAGCGGGAAGCAUCCGUGCUGCUCCUCCGCAUCCUCGCCGCAGCGGAUUACUUCACCACCGACGCCUCACUCAUGAGCAAGGUGCCGCCCGUAGACGUCGACAUCAUCCUGGAUCCGUUUCUCUUCAACAUACUACCACGCUCGAUAGCAGGCACUGCUUGCUACAUCAUUGGCGUUGCCGUGGCAGCCUUCUUCCUCAGUGGGAAGAUAAUUACAUGGAUUCAGCAGCUGAUAGCG